AUGAACGAAAUAUCCAUCUUCCCUUAUCCCAAAGAGGACCCAACAAAAGUACACCUGCGACAGCAAGUCGAUUCUCUCCGGGCAGACUUGGCUGAGAAGAAUGCUUUCAUAGCCACAGUUCAAAAACAUGUUAACCGACAACAGCCUGUUCCUCCUUCUAUGGAAUCUACGACUGGCCGCGUAAUAGAACGGCUGCAGCUUGACAUUGAUUCGUUAAAAAAAGAACUGUCGGAUUCUAAAAGCCAAUUGCAAGUUGCAAGGGUAGCCCGCGAGCGUGCAGAAAGACAGGUACAAGAACACGCACAAUCACAUCAAUCAUUUCUAUUGGAACUUGAUUCACUCAAGAGGAUAUUGGAAAGAAAAGAAAGGCAGGUUAAAGAGUUGGAGCAUUCGAUAAAGGAAAGCGAUCAAAAAAGUAUGGAUAUGAAGUUCGAUAGGGAUAAUGCAAAUACAAAACUCAGACAGACUGAACUAAAAGUGUCGGAUCUAGAGCGUAAAGUCCACGAGGCUCUUGCCGCAAAGGAACAAGCCGAGCACGAGUACUCCCUCUUAACAAAAGAAAUGAAGUCCUUCAAACGACGCUAUCAAGAAGAUGUGGAUAUCGUCAAGAAAGAAUUCGAUGAACUGCGUGAACAAUUAAAAACAACCUCUCAUUCGCUCGAAGAUACUAUUCUUAUGACUGGAAUUCAAGUGGAAGAGUUAACAACGGGUAGAAAGACUGAGCUGUUGGAAUUAGAGCAAUUACAGGAGAAAUUAAAAGAGAAUCAAGAAAAUUACGCAAAACAAUUCUUGCUGGAAAUUGAGAAAAUGAAGACUGACGUUGAGAAGAAUACACGGUCGACCGAUGAAUUUUACCAGGAAGUAGUUAAGAUGAGAAGUGAAAUUGUGGGCAAGUUGAAUUGGUUUACAAAGGUCGCGAAUGCUAAGCAAAUUUAG